AUGACAGCACUCGACAUCGCAGGCCUUCGAAUGGCCAAAAUUCAUGCGCGUUGGUUCAUCCGAGAGCUCAUUGAAAACAAGAGCAUCACUGAACUCGCCGUUGGAGAAAGCGUCUUCGGCUGCCGCGAUGAAGCCUCCAACGCAGUCUUCGCCAGAUACCUCGCCAAAGAAGACUCCACGCUCCGCAAAUUGACUCUCAAAUCACCACACGUUUCCGACAGCGAUUCACCUCUGAUGAAAACACUGCUGGCGGAAAUCAUCGAUGCCAUUUGCGAGAUGAAUACUUUGGAAGAAAUGAAUGCAGACAUCGUCGUGGACGACGCAUUAUUCAUCAGUACGGUCACUCUCUUCGCCGAAGUGAUCAAACGGAAUGCCACACUACGCCACCUGAGGUUACCUUCGUCGAUGUACGCGUGCGUUGCUUCAUCCUGGGAUCCAGAUAUGCAGUUUCCGGAUCCUCAAGCCGCGACGUGCAUGAAGUCUUUGUGCGGAGCCCUGCAAGAAUCGAACUCGUCGCUCAGCCAGCUCUCCAUCGAUUUGCGGCCCUUUGAAGAAGCAGAGUGCCACGCCUUCUUCGACGCAGUCGCGGACAACGACGCAAUCAAGUCCGUGGUCGUCAACUCCUUGCCCUGCAUAGACGGUCUGGACCGAGUCUCCACAACUAUUCGGGAGCGGGGACUUGCUGAUCGUGUUGUCGUCGAAAGCCUUUGCAGCCGCCACAACACCAGGCAGCUGCAGCAAUGUCCGCAAAUCUACAAUGCAACUAUCAGAGUGAGCAGCACAGUGCCCAACGCCCCGUCCUCGGUUAUCAGAGCUUUACAUGUUGUCAGCGGUUGCGAGCACGUAACUUCACUGUGGGUUCAUUGCUAUCGCUUCAAACGCCAUGAAUUUUCCGCCCUGGCAGCAUACAUAAGGGGCUCCUCCGCGCUUAAUGAGGUAGACAUAAACCUUAAUCACGCUUGGGACCGUCGAACAAACCAGGAAAUUCGGGAUGUGGAGCGAGAACUGGUGUCAGCCCUUGCCUCUAACCUCAAGCUAGUCAGAGUCAACGUCGAAGGUCUGGUGCUUUCCUACGACGACUUGAACAUGCUCGCCCAUGGCGCUAGCAAGAGUCUCAGCCUCAUCAAGUUCACCUGGAUUCCUGCGAGCAUCUCCAACCCGAUGCAUCAUGAAGCCCGUGGAGAGGUGCGCAGCUGUUCGGUGCAGAAGGCCGAAGCGUUCACGGAAGCUUCCAACCGCAAGGACAGCGCGCUGCUGGACAUUCAGGAAGCGACCAGAAGGAAUGCAUCCGCCGUCUUGGACGCUGCGCAGUUCGUCCUAGGCACACAAGAUGGCGUUGAAGGCAUACGGGCCAUCGAGCUGAUGCAUGACCACCCACGUGUCUUCGAGAUGGUGAGGGAAGAGGCUGACGUCACAAAGCCCGAAGCAAAGACGAUGAUCAGCAGCGCCCUGCUUCGCGCCCAGAGCCGCAGCCUUGACGACUUCAUGACAAUGGUUGGCGUUGUCAAGUAUGCGGUUGAGUGCCAUAGGGAUAAUGUUGUCGGGCGCCAGCUUGCCGACAUUAACCACGAGUGCUGGCUCCACAUUCGAAGAUUCCUGAAGAUAGCGGACGUGCUGCCCAAGUGAGGAAGUCAAGUCUUCGGCAGCAGAUCUUGGCAUCCUCAGGGGAAACGAAAACAAGGUGGCUCCUGCUGGCGUGGAAGAAAAGCUCUAAAUAGGGGCUAUUCAUCUCAACUACUAGGACGAGGUUGUGCACCUCUUGACUCUUCCCGUUCGCCACACCGCCGAACCAUACAGCUGUUACGAAGCCAUUGAACACUGCCAACGCCAAUUUGAAAGUGUUCCAACUUCUAUUUAUUGUGUUUUGAGGUGCUGUUGUUUAUGUUCAAGCAGCGUCCUGUCAUUUUGCUCGUAUUGCAUACCGGGGCAUGAACGGCGCAGGGAGAUCAGUUGAUACGUGCUAAUUUGGAACAGUAAGCGUUGGGCCCAUCUUUCUUAUUGACCCUGAUUUCGCUUCUGAAACAAGAAAGUUUAGACAUAUAUCUCUCUCCCUUUACUAUGUGUUGUUUCUUUAAUUUGCAUUGUGUACUUUGAAGCGAGUCAGUUCAGGCACCAAUGUCCAUGGCUUUAUUGAAAUAAAAAGUAACACGCAAUGAAGCGACUGUUUGGCAUUCUACGUGUUUAUUACCAUGUGAUCGUGUGUCCAUAACUUUCUUACUUUUUAUCUUAGUCUGUCCAUAAGUGUCAACUGCCAGGCGUUCAUUGCUGUGCUGUAUGUUGUAAUCGUCAUGCCUGCCGAAAGUAAGCAAUAAUACACGUGUGUUUCCGCAGUGGAGUUCUAGCCAGCAUAUAGAGCUGGAAUCGGUUCCCUACACACGUUGAAUGCGAGAGACGUGAGACAUCGAACUUGAAUGUAAUAACAACGCAGGCGUCAUGAGUAUAUUGUUGAAAAUAAAGAGAAGAAUUCAGUGUAACGCGUUUUUUUUUUAUUCGGCCUCAAUAAAAAGUUUUCUUGCUGCCCAGGACUAGUUUGAUUUGCAGUGCCAUGCUGACUGCAGCGGCCAGCAUACUAGAAAGUUUGGUGAGCAUGAUGCCGACGCAACAUAAGCAGGGCAUUCCGCAUGGUGGCGGAAAGAUGGUCAGUGCCCAAUCAAAGUAUCUGGUGCAUAUUAAUCGAAGCUCAAUCACGGCAGCGUAGACGUAAGAUGGGCGAGCGUGACGCAAACAAGUGGCCGUUACUGCGUACUUGUGAUGUUGGUGUUGGGUUGUAGCAACAGGUGGGCUUGGCCUCGCGACGCUGUGCCAUUUAACGACACACAAGUACGCGCAAGAAGCGGGUUCUACUCAGCCGAGCACCGGAGAAAUUUCGUAGGAUGUUUUUUUUUUUUUUGUAGCUGGACAGCUGCGCACACGCAGUUGCGCAUGCCCAGUUACACAAGUUCGCAUCGAACAGCUUUUAUUGAACUGGAGAUGCCUAGUACACAUCUACUCCCACCCAGGACUACCUACUCCCAGUGAACCAAGUUGAUCGAAACACGGUUAUAGAUAGACAGGCAGACGGGCAGACAGAUAGGUCGAUACACAUGUAGAGAGACAGCUUGUCCCCGGAAAGUUCGUUGAGUACCAUAAGAAUACUAGACGCACUAAAAUAUUUCACGUUUUGUUGGGCAAAGUACCCCUACAUGUUGCUGCGGUCUGCCUUUUUUAUCCGGGGUUGUCGUAAAGAGUAAUACGUGCGUCGAAAAGGUAAAACUAUUAAACUAUUGAUAACGAGAAUGUUUAUUGAGCGGCACCUAGUUGUUUUAUUCUUCAAGGCUCGAAUAUAUGCCCCAUAUAUUCAUUAUGACAUUAUCUUACGCACUGAGGAACGCGUU